CCUGAAGGAGAGAGAGGAGGCCUGAGCGGCUGAAUUAACGAGAAAUUUGUUCAGAAGACAAAACUGGAUUAUCCUUGUGAAAGAGAAGAUUCAUCGAUGGAGCCUGUCCAUAUUAAAGAGGAGAGUCCUGUACUAGAAUCAGUCCAUAUUAAAGAGGAGAGUCCUGUACUAGAAUCAGUCUAUAUUAAAGAGGAGAGUCCUGUACUAGAAUCAGUCCAUAUUAAAAGGGUUAUUCUCAAUUCUAAACCCUUAAGCAGCUUGCAGGGCUCUCUUCCCUGUCCUGGAUGUGGGGAGAGUUUUAAUCCUGAAGGAAACCUUGAAACAAUUCCAGGAAAGACUCUGCAUCGCUGUGCUGGAUGUGUGAAGACUUUCAGGGAGUCAGGAAUCCUGAACGGACAGCAGCAAACAGGCACUGGAAAGACUCCAUAUAACUGUCAUGAAUGCGGGGCAGAUUUCAGACACCACAGCACCGUGAAACACCACCUGCGAGUUCUGAAGGUACAGCUGGGUUAUCCUUGUGAAAGGCAGGAUUCAGAGAUGGAGCCUGUCCAUAUCAAAGAGGAGCUUCCUGACCUAGACCCUGUCCAUGUUGAAGAGGAGGGUAACCAUUUUAAAACAAGCAGCUUGCAGGGCUCUCUGUCCUGUACAGAAUGUGGAGAGAGUUUCAGUCAGUCACAAAACCUGAAACUUCACCAGCAAAUCCACACUGGAGAGAAACAACAUGUCUGUGCUGAUUGUGGGAAGAGUUUUAGACAUUUACAAAAUCUGAAACGUCACCAGCGAAUCCACACUGGAGAGAAACCAUAUCUCUGUGUUGACUGUGGGAAGAGUUUCAAACAUUUACAUAACCUGAAACUUCACCAGCGAAUCCACACUGGAGAGAAACAACAUGUCUGUGCUGAUUGUGGGAAGAGUUUCAGACAGUCAAACAACUUAAAAAUCCACCAGCAGAUCCACACAGGUGUGAAACCACAUGUCUGUGGUGACUGUGGGAAGAGUUUCAAUCGUGUAGACUAUUUGAAAGCGCACCAGCGAAUCCACACCGGAGAGAAACAUAAUGUCUGUGCUGAUUGUGGGAAGAGUUUCAGUCAGUUACAAAACCUGCAACUUCACCAGCGAAUCCACACUGGAGAGAAACCGCAUGUCUGUGCUGACUGUGGGAAGAGUUUCAAUCAGUCAGGCAACUUGAAAAGACACCGGCGAAUUCACACUGGAGAGAAGCCGCAUUCAUGUAAUAAAUGUGGGAAAAGUUUCAGUCAGUUAGCAAAUCUGAAAGACCACCAAUUAAUUCACACAGGAGAGAAGCCACAUCACUGUAACGACUGUGGGAAGAGUUUCAGACACUUAACAAACCUGAACGUCCACCAGCGAAUCCACACAGGAGAGAAACCAAUUGUCUGUGCGGACUGUGGGAAGAGUUUCAGACAGUCAGGUGAGUUCAAACUUCACCAGCGAAUCCACACUGGAGAGAAACCACAUACCUGUAAUGAAUGUGGAAAGAGUUUCAGUCAGUCAAGCAACUUGAAAAUGCACCAGCGAUUUCACACAGGAGAAAAACCAUAUAACUGUAAUAACUGUGUUAAGAGUUUCACCCGGAUAGACCAAUUUAAAAUGCACCAGCGAAGUCACACAGGAGUGAAACCUUAUCACUGUUCUCGCUGUGGGAAGUGUUUUACUGCUUCCAGUUCUCUUAAAAGACACAAAUGCACGUUGUGAAAGUUUAGUCAGAAUGUGAGUGUGUGUUCAUUCAACCACACUCAGAAAUUCCAGACUUUUUAAACAGCAGCUUAAUAUAAAAACUGUGAGAACUGAUUAAUGUAAACAGAUGAUACAGAUGUAUUGAUAUUAAACACACUGUUCUGAAAUUGUUGUAUUAAGCACAUCCCUUGAAGUCUUGUAGCAUUCAUGCAAUUGAAUUCUCUUUCACUAGGUUUAAAACACACCCUGUUGUCUUUCCAACGCAUAUCUGUUUAACUCUUCCUAUACAUAAUAAACUGCAUUGGAAGGAGAAUAACAAGCUGUUUUAAUCAGUAAGAAGGGUUUCUGUUAGCAUGAUUAGUAAGCUGUGUGUUAAUUGAGUUCAACUUCAAGAGUGAGAGAAAUAAUCUGAGUAAACCCGAUCUGUGUGACACUGAAUUCAUUUCAUGAGGUGUCUGAAGAUACCAGAAGACUCUGCCAGUGUGUUUUGUGAGGGACACCAAUUACAAAAGACUGGCCUUGUUUUAUUAUUACGUUUCUUUUUAGUUCUAUUGUAACAUAAUGCUUGAGUUAUUAACCCUUUGCAGUCCAUUUAUUCAGCACAUCUCAAGGCGCGUCAGGUCCACUUUAUUUUCACACGCGCAGUUUAUUUUAGACGCGCUGUUUAAAAGUAUUUUUUUCACAGUAAAACAGGUUUAAAAGUCUCUGCAUAUCAACAGGACACUCGGUACUGCAUCUCCAGCCCCGCCCCUCGUUCACUGUAUUUUUCACAUACCUCUUCAUAGUCGUGCAUACCGAUAAAUCAUCUCCUGAUCACUCGUUUUAUCAGCAAACUCCUCAAUAAUGCGAUCCAAGUCAUUAUUAUAUUACUAUAACAUCUCAAAAAGCUCUGCAAAUGUCUGUGAUAUUCUUUGAGCGCUGGAUGCGGAAGCAGCUAUCUUGUUUGUUUAUGUCCGUGUUAUCUCUGUGGUGCCUGGGAGAUGUGUAUUGCUCAGGUCCGGACCUUUUAUUUUCGGCUCCUAUCAGUCUCACUCGGCCAUUGAAUGGUUUUCUCAGCUUUUUCUGGAGAAAAUACGACUAGAGACGUCUUUUUGAUGAUGUCGGACAGGAAAGGGAAAAUUGGAAUGCUGGACCAGGUCCGACAUAGGACCACAAAGGGUUAAAGGUUGUAUUUAACUUCCAGUGACACAUAAACCCAGAAUAUGAAAGAGAAAGAGUCGCUGCAGUAAAUAUCAAUGCAUGACAUCUGUAUCAAAGAACAGGAAAGCAUCUAAACAAUAGAGUUCAAUGCAGAACGGAAUGUGGGGAUUUGAAACUAAUAAAUGGUAGACAUUGUUAAGAUUUGAAACAUGGUCUGGUCUCAUCCUUAUAGAGCAACAAAGUAGUUAAUUCCAUGUUUACCUGAAUCCACAAACCUUACAGGCUGCAGAGUUAACCUGUAGUGUAAAGAGACAGGGCGGUACACCUGCC